GGAAAAUAUUUUUAUAAAAAAAGAUAUUUUUCAAUGCUUUCAUUUCAUCGUUAAGCUACAAGAUAAUUGCUUUUGAAUGCACGAACAUGUUUUUCAAGUAAAGCUGAAAAGAAACCAAGUCAUCCAAAAUUUGUAUUUGGUGUUCCAAAGGAAACAUUUCCUAAUGAAAAUAGAGUAGCUGCAACACCUGAAUCAAUAAAAAAUUUAGUUAAAGAUGGUCAUCAAGUAAAUAUAAAUUAUAAGAUAAUAGGUUCUAAUAGAGACAGGGGCAGGUUUAAAGGCCAAUUUUGCAGAUAAUGUAUAUUCAGAAGUUGGUGCCAAAGUAGUUGAUACAAGUGCAGUUUAUGACUAAUCUGAUGUGAUCUUAAAAAUUAGACCUCCUGAAAAUACAAAAGUUUUAAAAGAAAAUUAAACACUUGUAUAUUAAUUUAUAUUAAAUCUAGACAUCUUUUAUAUAUCCAGCAUAGAAUAAAGAAUUACUUAAUUAAUUAUAAGAGAAGAAAAUAACAACAUUUGCUAUGGAAUGUGUACCUAGAAUAACAAGAGCUUAAACAUAUGAUGCAUUAAGUUCAAUGGCAAAUAUUGCAGGAUAUAAAGCAGUAGUAUUAGCAGCAAAUGAAUUUGGUAGAUUCUUUGCUGGUUAAAUGACAGCAGCAGGAAAAGUACCACCUGCUAAAGUAUUAGUUAUAGGAGCAGGUGUUGCUGGUUUAUCAGCUAUUGUAACUGCUAAAAAUAUGGGAGCUAUUGUAAGAGCAUUUGAUACAAGAUUAGCUACUAAAGAAUAAGUAAAAUCUUGUGGAGCUGAAUUCUUAGAAGUCAAAAUUAAUGGAGAAGUUGUUGAUGGAGCAGGUAUCGGUGGUUAUGCUAAAGAAAUGGGAAAAGAAUAUUUAGAAGCAGAAUUAGCUUUAUUCUUAAAGUAAGCCAAAGAAGUUGAUAUUAUUAUUACUACUGCACUUAUUCCAGGAAGACCAGCACCUAAAUUAUUAUCAAAAGAAUUAGUUGAAAAUAUGAAAUAAGGAUCAAUCAUUGUUGAUUUAGCUGCUGAAACUGGAGGAAAUUGUGAAUUAUGUAAACCAGGAGAAUUAUAUAAUCAUUAAGGAAAAGUUAAAAUCAUUGGUUAUACAGAUUUACCAAGUAGAUUACCUACUUAAAGUUCAACUCUUUAUGCUAAUAAUAUUGGAAAAUUAAUGUAGUAUAUUGUAGGAACUAUCAAAGAUCCUAAUGGAAAUAUUACUUAAGUUGAUUUGAAUGAUGAUGUUGUUAGAUAAUCAUUAGUUACAUUAAAUGGAGAACUCAAAUGGCCACCUCCUCCUAUUAUUACAUCUAAAAG